CCAUCUACGCAUUUGGGCAGAUUUUGGGAUCUCUUACAAGGAUGAAACACUAUUCUACAACUAUUUCCCUUUUUAAGCAAAUGGAGCUCAAUGGAAUUAAGAGUCAUCUUGUCAUUCUCAACAUCGUCAUCAAUUGUUUCUGCCACUUAGGCCAGAUGCCCUUCUCUUUCUCUAUUCUUGCCAAGAUUCUCAAACGAGGUUAUCAUCCAAAUGUCAUAACCUUAAGUACCCUCAUGAAAGGUCUCUGUCUCAAUGGUGAGGUCAAGAAAGCACUUACCUUUCGUGACAAGGUAGUAGCACAAGGAUUUCUACUGAACGAGUUUAGUUACGGGACUUUGAUCAAUGGUUUGUGCAAGAUAGGAGAAACAAAAACUGCCAUCAAGUUGCUCAGAAUAAUAGAAGGCGGAUUAUGUAAGUCUAAUGUGGUAAUAUACGCCACUAUAAUUGACUCUCUAUUCAAAGAUAAUCUUGCAAAAGAGGCUUAUCAUUUGCUUAUUAAAAUGAUGUCAAAUAACAUCAUGCCUGAUGUUUAUAUCUAUAAUAUAAUGAUUGAUGCUUUAUGUAAGGAAGGAAAGAUAAAAGAAGCUAAGAAUGCGCUAGGUGUGAUGGUAAAAGCUUGUGUCAAACCUGAUAUUGUUACCUUUACCACUUUGAUGGAUGGGUAUUUUUUAGUUAGCGAGGUGCAAAGUGCUAAACACAUAUUUAAUGCUAUGACCCAAAUUGGAGUAACUGCUAACGUUAGAAGCUACAAUAUCAUGAUUAAUGGAUUAUGUAAGAGUAAAACAGUGGAUGAAGCCAUGAAUCUCUUUCAGGAAAUGCAUAAGAGGAACAUGGUUCCUAAUACAGUGACUUACAAUACUCUUAUAGAUGCUUUACGCAAAUCUGGGAGAAUAGCUGAUGUUUGGGAUCUUAUUGAUGAGAUGCAUGAUAGAAAUCAACAACUGGAUAUAAUCACUUACAAUUGCUUGAUACAUGCUUUAUGCCAAAACUAUCAUAUAGACAAGGCAUUUGAAUUAUUCAAGACAAUGAUGGAAAAGGGAAUUCAGCCGAAUAUGUACACCUGGAACAUACUUAUUGAUGGAAUGUGCAGAGGGGGAAGACUUGAGAAGGCACAAGAGACUUUCCAAGAUCUUUUAAUUAAAGGUUAUCCUUUAAACGUACAUAGUUAUACUAUUAUGAUCAAUGGUCUUUGUAAAAAGGGUUUACUUGAUGAGGCAUUGACCUUAUGGUCCAAAAUGGAAGACAAUGGUUGCUUACCUAAUGCAGUAACUUUUGAAAUAAUGAUUACGGCUCUUUUUGGAAAGGAUGAGAGUGAUAAGGCAGAGGCAUUUCUUCAUGAAAUGAUAUUUAGAGGCUUGUUGACACGAUAAAAGCAUUCUGUUUUAAAACAUACGGAGGACACACUGAGGCUUAAAAGACCUCAGAAAACAACAAUUCCUUGGAGACAUAACUAAAUUAAUGGUAUUAAAAACACAACUUUGAGUGGUCUAAAUACGUGUUCAUGGUUUCCAGAGGACAGUGGUCUCUACAAUCAUGAAGGUGACAACAUAAGGUUGUUUUUAGUUUAGUUUAGAUAUGUUUCUUAUUUUCUCUUCUUUGUUGUUUUCAGUUUACUGAGAACAAUGCUUAAUUCAAGUGUGGGAGAAGGGUAAAUUUUUAUUUUCUGUUUACUGUUUUGCUUUACUACUUUUAAAUUCUCUUUAGCUGGUCUUAACAUUUUUACUUUUGUUGUUUUUCAUUCAUUUGUUAAUUUAAAAGCUUAAGAAUCUAAUUGCAUUUUAGAUUUGAUAUGACUCUGAACACUGUUUUGAUGAUUCUUUUUUACUACU